AUGAUCUUCGCUCGCAUCCCCUCGACCUUCUCAAUGUCCAUCUCGAACAAUGAGUUCUCCCAGACAGCCAGUGUGGUUUCCGUUGUCACUACGGAAUCACUAACAUGGUCUUCGGCCUGGGCCAGCUGCAAGGCAAACGCCCGGAAAUGUAGACCCACCUCUGCACUAUCUUUGCGAACAUGACGUUGGCCUUCUACAUGAGGAAUCGCUGAGUACUGUGGAAAAUCAUGUAGAAAUUCAGCCGUCCUGAGCGAAUCACGCAUAUGGUGGGUCAGCUAGACGAAAGGACGUUUGCGCGCGUCACGGACGCGAUAGUUUCCGAAGCAUUUGUAGCAACCGUGGGGGUGAAUCAUGACUAAAAAUUCGCCCCGAUCCUCUUUGCCCCAAUGUUUUCUGUCAUGCUGAUGGACGUAUGCCGUGAGGAGCACCGCGGGAUAAGCAUCACCUACAGACAUCUUCUCAGGAUCCGGCCCAUGCAGACCGUAACACACACAAGUCCGACUGGUCUGGAGAAGAGCAGUGAAGUCUGGAGCAGCCAUCUAUACUUGAACUUGGUACGCCUGCGAUCAUGUUUAAUCUGGUCGGUCUCGAUGGUCUCACGAACUGUACCCCACUAUGUGUGAAGAUCCGCAGUAGCACCUCUGAGCAGCUUAACCCGUUCUCCUUGACAGCGACGAAGACCGGGUACCGAAGGCCCAAAAACCACUUCCUUGUCUUGACGGACUGUUUCAAGCCAGGUUUGAGUUGGUUCCCUCUCCGGCACCUCCAAGUUGGCAACAGUGCCGGAUCGAGGGCAGAAACAUCGAGCUUGUGAUGUAAACGACAAAGGAUGUGCCAAAACCACAUCAGUCAUUCUUAAAUGACCUGGAAUAUCCCUGCAGUGAUGUCGCAGCAAGUGCGGACUGUCUUAUUUGAGAAGAGGUCAGUGUACUUCACUCGAGGGAUGGUCCUCAAGCAGUGGUGGCAAAAUACCUCCAGUUUUUGUCCGUCUUCCACGCGCAGAGCUCAGAACUCGCAACCCCCGAGAAGGACCGGCGGGAUGGAUGCAAGUACAAGCGAACCUUCGAGGCGAUAGAGAUGUCGCGUCGGAUCCAUCGGCAUUUUCUAAGGCUUGAAAAAACCCGAGGAGCAACAACGAUUCGGGAGGCAAUGCGUCCUCACUCUGUCCAUUCGGCAGCAGCAUCGCCUGAGAUAUUUGAAACUGUCUACUUCAAGUUGACACCCACCAUUCCCGAGAGGUGCCUUCUCCUGGUCAGGGAUGCAGCUUUGAAACACUUUGGUCUUCCCGGCGUUUAUGGAUAAACAGACACAUUUAGCGACCCUGCCCACUCCUGACACCAUAGGCUGCAGAUCACCUAAACUUGAAGCUAGUAAGGCGAUAUCAUCGGCUUACUCAAGAUCAGUCAGCCGGUAUCCGGGUGCAAACUCAAAAACGUCUGCCUCAUUUAGAGCAUUCACGAAAAUCUAGUUAAUGGCAUAAUUGAACAGAAUGAGCGACUAGGUACAACCUUGUCAAACGUUUGAUCGAAUACCGAACGGUUGAGAGAUGUCGGUAUGGACCAGAACUAGCGCAGUAGUGGAGCGGUAAUAGCCUAGCCGCUGGCUACUCGGCGGGCCCACAGAUAGCGAAUAGUGGGAUGGCCGUCAGUGAAGGUUAUUUGAAAAAUAUACCGACUCGGAUCUGAGGAAUAAGCGGUUGCGGAACAACAGCAACAGUGCUACCGCGGUGCAAAGCGCUGAGGUAUGGCACGCUGAAGGCCUUAUAAAAGAGCCCCAAAGCUCGAUGACGGCACUGUGACAUGGCGACCGCGAACCGUCAAUAAAUACGUUUUCUUGCCACCGCUGCCUUACGGUUAAGCUCUUGAGCCAAAGCGCUAUAGGCGACAACACCCAACAAUCCAGGCGGCUGUUUGGGACCCACCAGCACACAAAUUUCAUAAGAAACCUCACUACACUGUCUGACUACAGCAGCCAUUUAUGAAGUGAACCGCAACGACGACCGUCCUCAGCGCGAUGCUCGACAUCCUCAAGCCCCGCCACCGUCGGUCACCGCCAUCUCCAUCAUUCCUGCCAUGACCGCUGCCGUAACCACUACAGCUCCCACUCUCACCACCGAACAAGACUCUCCCGACGACUCACCAACCACCACCUUCACCAUCAUCCCCCCAUCCCCAGCGGUGGAGACUCCGUCCUAG